AUGACAUCGUCCUUGUCGGAAAUCAACAGGGCAGCGUCGUCUGAGGCAGAUGACCCCAUGCCCAUUCCUAUCCUUCUGCUCAAGACCAAGUCGACUCCCAACGAUUCCUACGAGGACCUUUUUUCUUCGUCCCAAACUUGCACAACACAUGGCCGAAGCUUCGAACCGCGGUUUUUAUCUGUGCUAUCGCAUACAAUACACGACGACGGCGUAAACAGACUGGACGGCCUUCUAAAGUCGCGAAAAAUUGGGUACCGUGACGGCUGCGACUACGGAGGGCUGGUCUUCACAUCCCAGAGGGCCGUCGAGGCCUUUGCCAGGGCGCUGACGAGACGUAUUGAUCGACGAGAAGAUGGCUCCGACCCUAGCUGGCCUUUUCUCCAAGACAUACCCAUCUACAGCGUUGGGCCCGCAACUACCCGCGCCUUGAAAGCAGUCCCUCAACAACCAGCGCUGCAAGUGUUUGGCGACCACACGGGAAAUGGCGAGGCGCUUGCGGAAUUCAUACUCGAGCACUAUGCUCGCUGGUAUCCGAACGCCUCAAGCAAACCGCCGCUGCUUUUUUUGGUUGGCGAAACACGACGCGACAUCAUUCCCCGUAUCCUCAUGAGUCUUGCCCUUCCCGCCGACAGAAGGAUACGGGUCGAUGAGGAAGUGGUAUACAGCACGGGCGUCAGAGAGCCCUUUUCUGCCGACUUUGAUGUCUGGUUGCGUGAAACACAAAGCUCGCCAUCCAGAUGGGUUGUAGUCUUCUCCCCGACUGGCUGUGAUAGUAUGUUGCGUGGCCUCGGCAGAUUGGACGCAAUCACUGGCCAGGUCGAUGAGCAAGGGGCCGAUGGCAGGACAUUUAUCGCUACGAUUGGUCCGACGACGAAGUCGUAUCUAAUCGAAACCUUUGGCUGCCCGCCCGACGUCUCGGCGAAGUCGCCAUCGCCCGAGGGGGUACUGCAAGCGGUGAUGGGGUAUGAUAUGAAUAAUGAAGUGAAGCGGUAG